AUGGCCGAGGCCACACUCGUGAUGCCGCAUCUAUCGACUCCCCAUAAGCCGCAUAAGAAAGUCGACGAGUAUACUGCCUCUUUCUGGAUUGGGCUCGAUGGCGUUCUGUCAUCUAAUAUUGUCCGAGGCCUUUGGCAAGCUGGAGUUAUAAUGUCGGUGUGGCCAAACGGGACGGCCAAGUAUACAGGCUUUCACGAAUGGAUUCCCGAUAGUCCCAUUGACGUCAGUUCGUCCAAGCUAGCCAUAUCAGAGGGCGACCACAUCCACGUAAUUCUCAAAACAACCAACAACGGAUACCAUGGCAGCACCACUCUUAUAAACUUAAAUACGAGCCAGACAUACACACAUGAUCAAGAUGCCGCGAACCUAUGGCACGGCCCCACUUUUCCGUCCCAAGGUGCAACCGCAGAAUGGAUCGUUGAAGCAGGAACAUAUCUGAACACGACGCAAUACGUCCUUCCAAACUGGGGAACUGCUUCGUUCCUGAAUGCGCGAGCCUGUAACGAGAAAGGUAAAUGUUCACUUCCUGGAGAUGGGAACAAGCAUCAGGGGCAGAUCACCGCCGUGCUGUGGAAUGAUACCAAGACACUCUACACACAAUCGUGUAUCAAGGGGGACCAUGUCUCAGUUAAAUACAUAGAGAAGCAGCAGCCUUCUAAAGCGAAGGCCUGA